CCCCACUUGAGCAGGAUGGCUCGUUGGGAAUCUUUUUCGCGCCGGGCACUCCUGUCACCACCGAUGCCUCGGCAGCCACCGGCGGCGGCUGGUGGUACAGUGCCCUGUCGAAGGCGGCCGAGGUUGCCGCAUCCGCCGCGUCCCAGGCCUCAGCGGCGGCCCAGAGUGCCGCACUAACCAUCUCCCAGCUGGAUGCCGCGGCGCUGGAUGGAUGGACCGAAAGUGAGUUCCCCGACCCCCUCCCCUCCGGCGGGAUGACCGAGCACGAAGAUGUCACCAUCCUCGCCAGCAGUCCGAUCGCGCCCAUGAACGACAUGUCCACCGAAGGGUCGGAUUUGUCGGGCGACCCGGAUCAUGUCGACACCUCCGGUGGUUUCGGCGACCUGGGUCUCGGGCUUCUAUCUUCGGCUACCCUGCUCGCCGGGCGCGCACGUACAGGCCUCUCUUUCAUGGCCGCAUCCCUCCUUGCAGAUGAGGACGAGGAUGCCGACCAGGCCCCGGCCCACCACCCGCACCCACCGCAGCAACAGCCACAACAACCGCCGGCAUUCGAGCAAACCGCCGAGCCAGAUGUUGACCCAGCCGACAUGCGGGCCGCCGUUUCCGAUGCCGCCGCCGCCAUGGCGCCUCCACCCCUGGACACGGAUUACACCAUGCUCAUGGAUGCCGGCUUUUCCGGCGGUGUGUUCCUCUCACAGUCCAGCCUCCGACCAGAUGGCCAGGAUCCCAUUGAGCUGGCUGUCACCGAGGCGGCCGACGUCUUCCGAGCCUGGUACGGAAACACGCUGGAGCGCCUGGCCAAUGAUCCCCGCUCGCAGGUCCUCCUCGAACGCAUCAACCAGGCCGGACGCCAGGUGUUUGCCGGCCCCGCCGGAGCUGGCGCUCCUGGGUCCUCGUCCGGCAGUGCGGCGGCGGUGGCCGCGGCGGCGGUGGCCGCCGCGCGCGCACCUCCAUCCGACGAAUUGCUGGCCCUACUCGAUGCAGCGGACGAUGCUUCGGUGGAUCGAAUCUUCCGGACUCCGGCGCAACUCCUCCGCGACCCGGUUUUCGCGGCGAUUGCCCCCCCACCGGACAGUGGUCUGGAGCCCAUCACCGCGGAGAUGGCUGCCGCCGGCUUCGGGCGGCUCAAAUUCAUCCUGGCCUACGCCUUUCCCCCCGGCGCCGCGGGAAGUGGCGCUGCGCCCAGCACGGCCGAGACUCUCUCCGCGCCUGGGGCCUCCCUGGCGGCGCUCGAUUCCGCCGACCUUUGUCCGCAUGAUUUGGUCUUCCUCCGCCAUCUGGCCCGGCUGCGAGUUCGCCGAGCCGAUCUGGAUGCCCUCUUCCGCCGUCUGGUCCCGGCUGUGGUGAAGGACGAGCUGGUUUGGUGGGCACGCGUUUGGUGGCUCCUGUUGGCUGGUCGUCUUCAAUCGCCCGAAAUCCUGGCCCUCCCGGGGGACGAGCUCCGCCGCUUCAACAUCCUCGGCACGUCGCUCUUCCACCCGACUCCCGGCGGGGUGGAGGAUUGCGCCCCGCACGAUGGCGCGGGCGUCCUCCCGCACCAGGAGCCCUCCUCGGUGGCGACGGAUCCCGCCCCGACGGGUGGGGAUUUCUUCGCCGGCAUUGCUGCCUCGGAUGCCCCUCUCGCCCGGCUCGGGUCUUCCAUCGGCAACAUCCUGUCCAGCGGCGAGGCCCGACAGAGUCUCUUCAACAAUGCCUCCACCGCCCUGAGUAACUCUCUGGCUUCUUCCAUUUCCUCCUUCUCCGGGUUCGCCUCGUCGCUGGGAGCCGCCCUGCCGGCCGCCGCGGCCAGCGCCUUCAUCAUGGACGACCAGGAGGAUGCCGGCUCGAGCCCGCAGAUGGAGGCAAUCAUGGAUCCCAUGAUGGCCCGCAUUCCAGCCGGCGGCGAUGCCGGCCCGAGCCAGCCCCUGUCGGAGGCGCUUUCCGACGGCGAGUCGCCUCCCAGUGUCCCUCUUGAUUUGCAUCCGGAGAUGACCGCCCAGGACCUGACACCCACUUUGCGGCCGGUCCCGGCGUCGUCCUUGCAGCCGAUCGACACGCAGCUGGCCGCCGCGGUUCCCGCCCUGAACAUGGCCACCGCCACGGCCACCGCCACGGCCACCGCCUCGCCCGCCACCACGCCCGCGGUGCUGUCGGCUUCCACAAUCGCAGCCAGCCCUGGCGCGGGAGCCCCCUCGGCCAUGGACAGUCCGGCCGGCACCAAUGCCCAGGUUGCCACACCGACCCUGGUCCAGUCCCAAGCCGAGCUCGGUCCCUCCCCAUCGGCCGGGGCGACCAGCACCCCGGCGGCGCCCAGCUCGCCGGCCUCCUCGGCCGAGUCUUCUCCCCAUGGAGGGAACCUCUCAUCGUCUCCGCACCUGAUCCACUCGGCGGAUUCGGCCUUCCGGCAGCCGGCCGGCGGCAGCGCGGAGUCGGCUCCUCCGCGCUCGGCCUCCACCUCGGGCACUGACCUGGAUGUGGAUCUCGGGUCGGACCUUGGGUCGGACCUUGGGUCGGAUCUCGGGUCGGAUCUCGGGUCGGAUCUCGGGUCGGACCUCGACCUGGAUCUGGAUUCCGAUGGGGACCUGCUGACAGGGGAUCCGAGUUCCAUGUCGACCUUCUCCUCGCUGAGCUCUACCACCGGCAGCGGGGCCGAGUCCUCCUUCGUGGAACUGGUUCGGGAUGGAUCAUUCAACUCCGCCGCUGGAGCUGGCACCCAGUCGACUUCCUCUCCUGCCGACCCUUGACAGAUGGGCCAUUUGUCCCGGAGUGCCCCAACAUGUAAAUGUAUAUGUAUGUAUGUAUGUAUGUGUGUGUGUG